AUGUCGCCGCUCCUCGAGGUAGCUCAGAUCUCUACAAUCCCCUCCUCCGAGUUCAUCGCGGCGCUGGGCGGCUGCUACGAGAAGUCGCCCUGGGUCGCCGAGCGCGCGCAUGCUGCGGCGCCCUUUGCCUCGCUCGCUGCGCUCGCCUCUGCGCUGCGCGAGGCGGUCGAUGGGGCGACUGACGCAGAGCGGCUCGCCCUCCUGCGUUCACACCCCGACCUGGCAGGCAAGGCGGCGCUGGCGGGCGAGCUGACGAGCGAGAGCACCGCCGAGCAGUGCCACGCCGGCCUCUCCUCCCUCUCAGCCGAUGAACUCGCCCGUUUCACAAAGCUCAACGAGGCGUACACGGCCCGCUUCGGAUUCCCCUUCAUCCUCGCGGUACGCAACGCCAACAAGGCCACCAUCUUCGCCGCCUUCGAGCGGCGCGUGCACAAGAUCGCAUGGAUGCGGCUCAACGAGCUCGUGCGGCCGAACCCGACCGGCUUCCUCACCUGCCACGUCCUCGAUACGGCGCGCGGCUGUCCCGCCGCCGGCAUGCGGAUCGAGCUCAAGCGGCGGGUCGAGUCGUCCAACGGCGCGCGCGGAACGCGCACACGGGUCCGCAAGACAUGCGGUGCACAGACGCAGUCCACAGACGCAGUCACACAUGCCGCGGCAGUCGGACCGGGAGGCGGCGGUGGCGAUUCGUGGGCGGAGGUUGGCUCAUUCCUCACCAACGAGGAUGGGCGCAUCGUCGGCGCGCUGUCCGCUAGCAGCGGGGCGAAGGCGGCCGGGACGGCGCGUCGCGGGCCCGUCCUCAAGGACGGGGCGAUGGCGCGCGGCGUGUACGAGUGGACCUUCCACGUGGGCGACUACUUCGCCGCCGCCGGCGCCACCUUCGCGCCGUGUGGCACGCCCUUCCUCGGGCAGGUUCCCCUCCGCUUCGGAAUCGACGACGCCGAGUCGCACUACCACGUCCCGCUCCUCUGCUCGCCCUUCUCCUUCUCCACGUACCGUGGCUCCUAG